AUGGAGCCGGAGGACGGGAGGAUCUCGGUGUGGAUCUGCCAGGAGGAGAAGCUGGUCUCGGGGCUCUCGCGGCGCACCACCUGCUCGGAUGUGGUGCGGGCGCUGCUGGAGGACAGCAAGGGGCGGCGGCGGCGGCCGGGGCCCGGCGGGGAGGAGGCGCCGCCGCCGCCGGCCUCGCUGCACGAGUGCGGCGGGGGGCUGCUGUCGGGCCCGGCGCGGUCCUACUGCCUGGUGGAGAAGUGGCGGGGCUUCGAGCGGACCCUGCCCCCCAGGACCAAGCUGCUGCGCCUCUGGGCCGCCUGGGGGGCCGAGCGCGGGAACGUGCGCUUCGUGCUGGUGCGCAGCGAGGCGUCCCUGCCCAACGCCGGCCCGCGCAGCGCCGAGGCGCGGGUGGUGGCCAGCAGGGAGAGCCCCGCCGCCCGACGGGGGCCCGCGGCCGGCGGCCCGGCGCUGAGCCGGGAGCGGCAGCGCCGCGUGGUGCGCAAGGCCUUCCGCAAGCUGGCCAGGCUCAACAAGCGCCGCGGGGCCCCGCCGCCGCCGCCCCCGCCGCAGCCCCCGCCGCCGCCGCCGCCCCCCGAGGAGGCCAAGGAGAGGAUGGAGACGCUGGUGCACCUCGUCCUCUCGCAGGACCACACCCUCCGGCAGCAGCUGCAGCGCCUGGGCGAGCUGGACCGCGAGAUCGAGCGCCGCGAGGCCCAGGUCCACCUGGAGCGCGUGCGGCGCCACGGCGCCAACUACGUGCAGGACACCUACUUGGUCGGCGGCGAGGCGGAGGCGGAGGAGGACGAGGAGGGCGGCGAGGACGCGCAGGAGGAGGCGGCGGCGGAGUACGGGCGGCAGUGCGAGCAGCUGGCGGCGCUGCAGGAGCAGUGCGGCCGCCAGGAGGCGCUGCUGGAGCGGCUGGCCGGCGAGCUGCAGCGGGAGCUGAACGAGCGCUGGAUGGAGCGGCGGCGCCGCGAGCUGGAGGCCGCCCGGGGCUCCGGCGCGGCCGAGGCGGACUGCGCCACCACCGAGCUGUCGGGCCCCGGCGGCGAGGCGCACGCGGAGCUGGAGCGCGUCCGCACGCAGCUCAGCGCCAGCCUCUACAUCGGCCUGCGCCUCGCCACCGACCUGGACGCCGCCCAGGGCCAGCUGCACCGCGCCCGCCGCGCCCGCGACGCCCGCCAGCGCGAGCUGCGCAGCCUCCUCGACGCCCUGCCGGACCCCGAGGCCCAGCCGGAGGGGGACGCCGCCCCGGCCCUGGACCCCCCGCCGCCGACGCCCGGGGAGGGCGGCCUCCCGGAGCCGGCCCCCGUGGCCCCGCAGGGCUGGGGGGAGCCGGCCGCCCGCGGCUUGGGCAAAGGCUGCGCGGAGAACGACGAGGACUCCGACACGGGCUUGAGCUCCAUGCACAGCCAGGACUCGGACUCGGUGCCCGUGUGCGAGUCCCUCGUCUAG